CUUGGCUCUUGUCCCCAGAUUUAGGGUCACGCAGCUGCUGUGUCUGCUGAGUGAGGAGAUAGAAGCAGAUAACCAAUAUGGACUUGGAAGCCAGCAUGCUGAGAGCCGUCCUCAUUCUCCUGGCCAUUGGAGGAGCUCAAGUAUUGGCAACGGACAAAUCUGAUGGAGCUGAAAUUGAUAUCAAAUAUGCCCUCAUUGGGACUGCUCUGGGUGUCGCCAUAUCUGCAGGCUUCCUGGCCCUGAAGAUCUGCAUGAUCAAAAAGCACUUGUUUGAUAAUGAAUCCUCAGACCUUCGAAGCACAAACCAGGGCUUGGAUGGUCAAACUUCAACUUCUCGGAAAGAACUGCACAAGUAAUUGAGCUCUGAUUGAAUGACUGCUUCAUGAGGGGUUCAGGUUCAGCAGUCUGACAUAUGUCCAAGACAUAAGCACUCGUGGGGAUAUUUUGACUUUCAGGAUCCAUGGCUGGUGAUAGGCCUUCAAAUGGAACUUAAUACCCAGGGCAAAUAAUAGAAAAAAAUGGAAUCUGAAAUGCUUCGGUCUUGAAGGAAAGCAUUGUCUCUCUGCUGCAAGAAGUUGAUUGCAUAAUGGGAGGCAUGAACACUGUAUCCUGCAAUAACAAAGGAUGGAAGCCAAUCCACAUUGCCUGUCCUGUUAAAGCUGUCACACUUCUGUGACGGCAUUGUAGUUCUGUCAAAACUCAAGACACAACUUUCUCAGUAUCACCAUCUUAUCAGGAGGUUAGCAGAACUUUUUGGACUGUUGCACCCAUCUGAGCUGUCAGAAUAAUAGCAUAAAGACACAUCUGUGAACAUUCAUGAGUCUUGAAACAUGGUGGCAAUGUAGGCAAUCUCUGAUCCUGUCAGUGAAAGCCUGAGCUUCUAAAAGAAGAAAUGGUGAGCUAGGCUGGGGUGUGAGGGAGGGGUAGUGAGAAGGAGGGCUCUUGAUGACAGUGGAGUGGGCCUGCAGCUGUUGUGUAGUGUACAAUAAUGGAGUCAAUAAAGGAGUAAAUGAGAAAACAGAUGCAACACCCUGUUGAGAGCUAUACAAAUGUAAAUGACUAUUGUUAGGCUUAUAGAAUUAUUUUAUGGUUAUUAUUAUAAUAUUGUGAAGGAUUUACACUCAGAAGGAUUGACAAAGGCUUAGGGAUGUCACACCUUUUUUUUUUUUUAAAUUAUUUACCUAAGGUACUGAGGCACCAUCCCCAUUAACAUUUCUCUCCCCUGUUAUAUUGGCCCUGCGUUUCUGCACCAAAAUUCCACCAUUUCAUUCAACUGAAAUCUGGGUGUUUGUAUGGAACUGGCUCUCUUUAUAUCAGGUUACUUCCAUCUGCAUGAUGAAAGAUGAGCUAUAUUUCAAAACAAAGUGCUGUGUUACAAUAAUUUGUCUGGAUUCCCUUGGCAUCUUUUAUCUGACUUGAUAACAAUGUAGUUCAUUAGCAGUCUUUAACUGAUAACCUAAAGCGGUAAUGUGAUACUCAUAAGCAAUUUUCUGUGUGUAAGAUAGAAUAAACCAUCACAUAAGGUAUCUGUUAAUUGAUUUGCUCCUUUUAGCAGCAUUUUAAUUAAGACAUCUGGUUUGUGAAUGCCAGGGACACUGGUGAACCAAAGCAAAUGCUUGUGAAUUCACAGUAGUUGUUUGAUUUUUCUGUAGAUACAGUAGAACUAAUUAUAAGAUCCUUGUUUAUCCCCCAUCCCACACCAGGAUCUGUAUUUCCAGCACUAUUCCUGAAAACUGAUUUUGUCUGAAUGACUCCCAUGUAAAGAACAGGGAAGUAUAUUGAAAUCAGCACUAUUCCGGGGUUAGAAAAGUUGGUGUGUCCUUGAGGCAGAAUAAGCUGUCCCCAUUCCCCACCAGUAAGGGGGAAGCUUCAUGAGUGGUAAAGCAAUGCUGCAGGUGGCUCUCCUUCUAUCUCUAUUUCUAGCUACCCUUCCCUCUGAAUUUCUACCUGUCUCUAUCCAAAAACAAAUAAGGUACUUAAAAAAUGGAGCUAGGAAGACAACAUAGUAGUUAUGCAAAAAUAUUUA